ACGAAAAUAUAUUUGGGACAACUUUCACACUGAUUUGUGCCCAAAAAGGUUGGAGGAGACUUAUCUUAUUCUAAACUAUUAUGCUUGCAUUCUUCAUUUGCUUGUAUUUAACUUUUACUAAUCAAGACUUUAUUUCAUCCUUUGAAAUAUACUAAAGGAUAUAAUUUAGUGAGUGUACGUUUCUAUAUUUAUUUGUCAACAUCAACUGACCAGAUAUAAUUUGAAGUCCGCUUGACAUUGCAUAAGAUCUGGAAAGCGCAAAUCCCAUGGAAUCUUGAGAAAAACAAGUUUGUGAAAAUUUCGAGUUUUUCAUGAUGGCGCCCGGAUCUCGAGCUGGUAGUGUUAGCAUCGAUGAAUCUGAUGGUGGCGGCGUGGAUGGUAUUGAUGUGUCAAAGGAAGAUUUGAUAGAAAUAAUGCAUGGAGGAGAUGAUGGUUUGAAAUUAUUACGAGAAAAUUUUAAUAGUAUAAACGAAGUUGUACAUCGCUUGAAAAGCUCAGUUACCCUAGGUAUUAAUAGAAACGAGAAUGAAAUUAAUGAUCGAAAAGCAAAAUUUGAUUCAAAUUACAUUCCUCCUAUGCCUCCAAAAACUUUCUUGCAAUUCUUGUUUGAUGCAUUCAAGGAUACAUUACUUAUAAUUCUCAUGGUAGCUGGUUUGGUAUCAUUGAUUCUUGGUGUCACUGUUGAGGAAGAAAAAAGUACUGCUUGGAUAGAAGGUUUUGCCAUAUUUGUUGCUGUUAUCAUUGUUGCUCUUGUUACUGCUGUCAAUGACUACACUAAAGAACAACAAUUCCGUGGUCUCCAAAGCAAGAUUGAAUGCGAACACACAUUCACUGUGAUCAGAGGUGGAGAGUCAAUGUCAAUAUUUAAUGGUGAUAUUGUUGUUGGUGACAUUUGUCAGUUGAAAUAUGGAGACAUGAUUCCUGCGGAUGGACUUCUUGUUCAAAACAAUGAUCUAAAGAUUGAUGAGAGCUCUUUGACAGGAGAGUCAGACUUAGUGCGGAAAGGUGAUGCAAAUCCAUUUAUCUUAUCUGGUACUAGAGUGAUGGAAGGAAGUGGAAAAAUGAUUGUUACUGCAGUUGGUAUCAACUCCAGGUCUGGCCAAAUUUUGAAACUGUUGGUCUCUGGGGCUGACAAAGCACCUAAACCUGUGGAAAGCAAGCCAGCUGAUGCUGAAGAUGGUACACUUUUGGAAACUGAACAAUCUGAUGAGACAGAUAAUAAAAGUGAAAGCAAAGAAGAGAAAUCUAUUUUGCAAGGCAAAUUAACAAAAUUGGCUGUUUUGAUUGGAUGGUUUGGCCUUGGUGCUGGUAUUUUAACUGUUGUUGUUAUUUGGAUAAGAUUUUCUAUUGAAACUUAUCAUGUGGAUAAUGAAUCUUUCAAACAGAAACACAUCUCUGAGUAUCUUAGAGCAUUUAUUACUGGUGUAACAGUUUUAGUUGUUGCUGUUCCUGAAGGACUUCCCCUUGCUGUGACCAUUUCUCUUGCAUUCUCUGUCAAGAAAAUGUUGAAUGACCAUAAUCUUGUAAGACAUUUAGAUGCAUGUGAGACAAUGGGAAAUGCAACUGCAAUUUGCUCAGACAAAACAGGAACUUUAACAACAAAUCGAAUGACUGUUGUCCAAAGUUACUUGGGUCAAAAACUAUAUUUUGUUUUGGAGUCUGGCUUUGAUUGUAAAGAAAUUUCUGAAAAUUUGAAAAAAGUUUUGGCUGAAGGAAUUUCCUAUAACAGCAGUUACGCUUCAAGAAUUGAGCCUGGCAGUAAAGAAGGAGAAUUGGAUCGUCAAAUGGGCAACAAAACUGAUUGUGCAUUACUGGGCUUCGUUGAUGGACCUCUUAAAGAUCAUUAUAACUAUUAUCGUGGAAAUAUGCCUGAAGAAGAGUUCAUCAAAGUUUUUACCUUCAAUUCUUCAAGAAAAUCAAUGUCAACUGUCGUACAUAUCUUUGAUGAUCAAAAUGAGAUGACAGGUUACAGAAUUCACUGCAAAGGUGCCUCAGAAAUAGUGUUGUCCAAGUGCACAUCCAUUAUUGGACCUGAUGGCACAACAAAUCCCUUGAGUAGUGAAGAACGUCGUGACAUAGUAAAAAAUGUGGUUGAACCAAUGGCUGAUAAUGGUUUGAGAACAAUAUGCUUAGCGUAUAAAGAUUUUCCAAAAGAUACUAGUCAAGAUUGGGAUGAUGAAUCAUCUGUUGUUAGUGAAUUGAUUUGCCUCGGAAUUACUGGCAUUGAAGAUCCAGUGAGACCAGAGGUUCCAGAUGCCAUAAAAAGUUGUCAACGUGCGGGCGUUACUGUACGAAUGGUGACUGGUGACAACGUAGCAACUGCUAGAUCUAUUGCUACAAAAUGCGGUAUUUUGACAAGUACAGACGAAUUUCUCGUGAUGGAAGGAAAACAGUUUAACAAAAGGAUACGUGAUAAAGAUACAGGAAAGGUUAUUCAAUCUAAAAUUGACGAAAUUUGGCCCAAACUACGUGUAUUGGCUCGUUCAUCACCUGAAGAUAAAUACAAUCUAGUGAAAGGAAUUAUUGACAGUAAACUCAGUAAAACUCGCGAAAUUGUAGCAGUCACUGGUGAUGGUACAAAUGAUGCUCCAGCCUUGAAAAUGGCAGACGUAGGAUUUGCAAUGGGCAUAGCUGGAACUGAUGUUGCAAAAGAGGCUUCGGACAUCAUCUUGACUGAUGAUAAUUUCACUAGUAUCGUUAAGGCUGUGAAAUGGGGACGCAACGUCUAUGAUAGCAUUUCAAAAUUUCUGCAGUUUCAGCUUACAGUUAACUUAGUUGCUAUAUUUAUUGCUGUGAUUGGUGCAUUGGUACAUACUGAAAGUCCACUCAGUGCAACACAACUAUUAUGGGUAAAUCUUAUAAUGGAUUCGUUUGCAUCGUUAGCCUUGGCGACUGAACCUCCAACUGACGAUCUACUUACCCGUAAACCAUACGGUCGUACAAAACCCCUUAUUUCGCGAACGAUGGCAAAGAAUAUCUUGCUGCAUAGUCUUUAUCAGAUCAUCGUUCUUAUUGUCUUGAUGGAAGCUGGCCCUACCUUGUUUGACAUUAAUUCUGGUUUUAAAGAUCACGGCAAACCCUCUGUUCAUCUCACCAUGAUGUUUAAUACAUUUGUUUUCAUGCAACUUUUCAACGAAAUCAACUCAAGAAAAGUUCACGGUCAGCGUAAUGUCUUCGAGGGAAUUUUUAAUAACUGGAUCUUCCUUGUCAUUUGGUUUGGAACUGUUUUUGUCCAGGUUAUUUUAGUGGAGUUUUCUGGUUAUGCAUUUCGCUGUAAAAGUUUGAACGCGCAACAAUGGAUGUGGUGUCUAUUAUUGGGUUUUACAGAACUACUUAUUGGUCAAGUGGUUGCUACCGUUCCGAAGACAAUAUUAUCUAAAGCUCUUUGCCGUCUUGGUCACGACGACAGUAGCCCGUCAACUGCUAAUGCUCGCCUCUUGUGGAUACGUAGUGUGACUAGGUUGAGACAUCAGAUACGUGUCGUGAACGCAUUCCGUAGCAGCGUGGACCAUCAAAGUCAAAGAGCCUUAACGUCCGAAGUUGUGUUUAAUUCACUUUUGGCUCCAGUUCGUACUGUGAUGGUACCAGCCAGUGAAUCGGGGGAAGUAAGGUUCGAUAAUUUGUCUGAGGAUGACGAAACGAUGGCAUAAGAUUGUGUCUUAUAGUUAGUUUAAUUUUAUGUUCUUAUGACUGUGUUAAAACUAAUAUUAACAUUUAGUAACAUGUGUCAUAAAUUAUAAGAUGUUUAUAUCGUUUACCAUUAGAACGUUAACACAACUGUAAGUUCGUCAAUAGAUUGUUUUUAACCACUGUUUAAAGAAUAUCACUUUGUCUUCCCACAAUUUAUUUGCAGCAUAGCACUAUUUAAUGCUAAUCGUAGAAAGUAAUAUUUUUUACACAAAGGAAUGUUUAUGUGCAUUGUAUAUGGAAUAAAAACGCUACUAUAUUUAAUUUUAAAA